AUGAAAGAAAUUAUGAACGUAAUAACUGCUACUCCAAUUAAAGCUACUUUAAGCCUGGUGCCAGUCAUUCAGUCAAAUGGUAUAAAAGCUGCUAGGAUUGGUGAUUGAUAUUCUACAAUAGUUGUACUGCACUUCGAAAAACCUCUUGAAAGAGAGAUGCUUUUCAGCUUGAUUUAUGUAAUGCCUUUAGAAACUACUUCCAGUCGUGUUUAAUCAAAACAAUUUCAUGGCACUUUGCCAUUUAUAAUUACCAGUAGCAAGGCAAAAAAAAAACAAAGAGAUCGCUCAUCACAUUUUGUGUUGAUGAGCUAAAAUUGGUAACUCAGACAGCUGGAAGCAACAUGGGGUUUUUUGGGACAGCAUUUGAAAGUCUAAGAUGUCCAUAUGCAAGCUCUACUUCCCUCCACCCUCCAUACCUAAGAGUGCUUGCUCACUGGCUACCCCUUUAGGAUCCUCAACCUUAUUAGAACAAAGUAAAAUGAUACUUGAAAUGGUUUAUUAAAAUAAAACGCAAUAUUUCCUUACAGGACCUUCAGGCACAAAUGUCCAAGAACUAGAAGAGGAGGAUGCAUUGUUAGUGCAUGAUAUUUUGUCCUCUGAAAUUGAUGCUGACAUGCUUUACCAUGAAAGGAUGGGACCAGAACUAACUCAUCAAGUAUGGAAUCUUGAUGAUGAAGAUAUUGACACAAAUUUUCCAACUAUUCCUGGACAGCUUCCUUCAGUCGAUGUCAAUCCUGCUCAAGGAUUACGAGAGAGUAUGAAUAGCAUUAUUCAUUGG